AUGGCGGCGGAAUCAGACUACGCUUUUCUUGAGUCAAUACGGCGACACUUACUCGGAGAGUCGGAGGCGCCGACGAUGGCGAGUUCGACGGAGCAAUCUUGUACAACCGGUCAGAGCUUGAAACCGGUGUACGGAAGAAACCCGAGCUUCAGCAAGUUGUACCCUUGCUUCACCGAGAGCUGGGGAGAUUUGCCGUUGAAAGAAAACGAUUCGGAGGAUAUGUUAGUCUACGGAAUCCUCAACGACGCUUUCCACGGCGGGUGGGAACCGUCUUCUUCGUCGUCUGACGAAGACCGGAGCUCUUUUCCCGCGGUGAAAGCAGAGUCUCCCGAGAGUUUUAAGGCGGUGGACUCGGCUCAGGUGAAGAAGACGAGUCCGGUUGCGGCGGCGGUGGCGGCGAAGGGAAAGCAUUACAGAGGGGUGAGGCAGAGGCCGUGGGGAAAAUUUGCGGCGGAGAUAAGAGAUCCGGCGAAGAACGGAGCUAGGGUUUGGUUAGGGACGUUUGAGACGGCGGAAGACGCGGCGUUGGCUUACGACAGAGCGGCUUUCAGGAUGCGUGGUUCCCGCGCUCUGUUGAAUUUUCCGUUGAGAGUUAACUCGGGAGAACCCGACCCGGUUCGGAUAAAGUCCAAGAGAGCUUCUGCUUCCGAUAACGGAGCUUCAAAGCGGAGGAGAACAGUGGCUUCCGUAAACGCCGCCGGUCAGGGAACGGAUAAUGGACUUAAGGUCAAAUGCGAGGUUGUUGAAAUGACACGUGGCGAUCAGUUACUGGUUUUGUAA